CGACGGCGGUAGAAGGCGCCGUCCAACGUGUCGCCGCCACCCGGUCCGCGAUGGUGCAGACGGAACAGUGCGUGGACGCGGCGCGCAUGGGGGGUUUCAGCGGGUGAGUCACCGAUCGGCUUCAGCGCGAGGGGGCGUUCCUAACCACCAGAGCGAACGCACUGCUGGCCAGGCACGGUGCUCUCUGUGCCGACCACAGACCGCCGACGGGAUGCUUACCCUCUUAAUGGCUCGGCCACGGCGACACUGUCCAAUCCGUGCGCGGCUGGGCAGCGGGCUGUGGUCGGCAUCGUGCCUCGAACGAGCGGGAGGGGGUCCGUCCUACGAGUAUUUUGUGGCCACCCGACCUAGUAAUGCCACUCACGGAACCAUCUAUCCCCUAAAGCUCUGUACGCGCCAGGUGACGGUAUACACUCGUCCAUUCGACGUUGGCGUGGUGCCUUCGAGAUCUUCUCUGGGUCCGCUGCCUGCUUAUCUGGCUUCCACUCCGCCUGACAGGAGAAACGAUCUACAGAAGGGCACGAGUUCCCUUGGACUUACUCGCCAAGCUCUGCAUAUCGCCAACGGGAGACACGAACUUCCUAGAGCAAUGUUUUCCCCUUCUCGCGCCAUUAGAACCCUUCUGCAAUUGUCUCGACUACGCGAAGAAAGACUAUUACAGCCCCUCAGGUGUUUCGAUCUACUUCGACUACCGCCAUUUCGCACUCCGCGAGCCUAUCUUCGUGAUCACGGCUUCAGCUUCAGAAGAACGAUGGCCCAGAAGUCCUUUCGAGCCUUCUUUCGAACUAUCGAACACUGUUUGAGACCGCCAAAGUACGCACAGGAGUCCUGGCUUAGUCCUGGCUACCCGCGCUAUGCAGUCUCAACCCCAAGAUAUGGACGUGGUCGCUUGACUAGGCUGUCGCUUCGCAAAGGCUGCUCUUCUGAAGCUUACUGCGACCACUCUACCCGAGCUAUUGGCGCUUGCGGCUCUCCGACGACACGUUCACCGCCUGGAUUCACGUAGGCCCCGCCGACAGUCGCCGGUUGGUUCGCCUUACCCGACUGAACAUAUCCGCCACGUCAUAUUGAUUUACCUAUUCCUGCGACUGGAAGAUUGGGCGUCAUGCGCAGCCUGCAAUGAGC